AUGAGCAGCAAUCCGACCUUUGCCCAGGCCCAGCAGCGCCUUGCCGAGCGCCGUGCCGCCCGCGAGGCCCACGCCCAGGCACGCCUCGCCGCCGAGCACUCGGCCUCGCAGCUGCGCUCCCGCAUCUCCUCGCACCCGUCGCCGCUCCUCCGCCGCCUCGGCGGCUCCGCCCUGUCGCUCUGGGACACCGUCUCCUCCCCCGACGGCACCCGCCCCGCCUUCCGCGUCGGCCAGGUCGACGCCGAGCUGCUGGACGAGGAGCUCGUCCAGCUCCUGCGCGGCCAGGUCGGCGACGCCCUCAGGUACCUCGGCGGCCUGGGCAGCAACCUCAAGGACGACUGGUCCGCCGAGAUCCUGCUGGUCCUGCGCGCCCUGCUGUUCAAGCUGACCGUCUGGGACCACGACGCCACCUACGGCGCCGCCCUGCAGAACCUGAGAUAUACCGACGCCAGGCACCACGGGCCCGUCCUGGUGCCCCCUACCAAGCUGCAGAAGUCCCUCUACGGCCUCAUCACCGUCGGCGGCAAGUACGGCUGGACAAGGCUGGAGAACUGGCUGCUCAACCAGGACAAUGGCUUCGACGAGCCAAGCCCUCGGGCCCAGACCUUGUCGCGGCUGACGUCCACCGCCGAGUCUGUCCAUUCCGUGGCGGCAUUCGCCUCGUUCCUGGUCUUCCUCGUGCACGGCCGAUAUAGGACGCUGCUGGAUAGGAUACUGCGCAUGAGGCUGGCCCCGCCCACCAGCCAGGUCAGCCGCGAGGUCUCGUUCGAAUACCUCAACCGCCAGCUCGUCUGGCACGCCUUCACAGAGUUCCUGCUCUUCGUCCUGCCUCUGAUAGGCAUAAAUAAGUGGCGGAGGUGGCUGAGCCGGACGUGGAGGAGGACCAGGAAUGCAAUAUCAAGUAGCGCCGACGGUGACGCCGAGGAGAAGAAGGGCGAGUACUCGUUCCUGCCCGAGCGGACAUGCGCCAUAUGCUACCAGGACCAGAACUCGGCGUCGUCAGAACAGGAGGUCCUCGCCGCCGCCGCAUCGAGUGGUGUGGUUGGAUCUGCGCAGACAGAUAUCACGAACCCCUACGAGACGAUCCCUUGUGCCUGCGUAUACUGCUUUGUCUGCCUCGCUCAGAGGAUAGAGAGGGAAGACGGCGAGGGCUGGACAUGUCUGCGGUGCGGCGAGCAGGUCAAAGAGUGCAAGCCAUGGGGUGGUGACGUCUUGGAGCCCCCGAACAAGUCGCCGACGAGCAAGGCAGUCAUGUUCGCGGAUGAUGUCAAGGAUACCCAGACAGAAGAAAGCUCACAGGCGGAAUUUGUCGACGCGGUUGAUGACCUGGCCGAAUCGGCUUCCACGGUCAAGGCAGAGAGCAGUGACGACGACAGUUCUGCAGAUGGGGAUUCGGAGGAGUACGACGAGGAGGAAGCCGAACUCGGCGAUGAUAUGGAAGGUUUCUGA